ACUCUCUCUUUAAAAAAAGAAAACUUGAUCGUCCUUUUAGUCAAAUUCUACUCAUUAACAGCUUUUGCCAUCAUGAGGUAUUUUUUAUUUUGAUGGCCUUUUUAAUUUUCCUAAGUUGGCCUUAACCUAUCCGUUGUAUUUGGCAUUGUGUCCAGCUUUUGACUAUGUCCAGUUUUUCCCAGUCCCAGUGACCUAGUCCCAGUGUCCUCUACUCAAACCUUGAGCAUCUCAAAGCUUCCAGCCUGUGGCCUUCUAGCCAGUGUGGGGGCUACGUGGCCUGCCUUCCCCACUUGCCCAGGAGGUGUCCGUAGGUGUGUGUGUGGAGGGACUUUGAGGAUUCCUUUCCAGCCCUGGGUGUUUAGCAAAGGCAUCACUACCCCGAGGCCUGAGAGUGUGUGCCUGUGUAGAGCAAGGGCAGCUCCCUUUGCACCUCUUAUGAAGGGAGUGAGGGGGUGCAGGCUGUCUGCAUUCUGUGCCACUUCCAUAGUGUCCAGUGUAACACCAGCUUGUACCAAGGCAGGUGAGCAAGGCAGUAACUAAGGUGAAGUCCAGUAGCUGGUGUUGAUCUCGGGCUCACCUGAACAGCGGAGCACUGGGUGGAUGUCUCAGCUCCUGGAAGGGGACACAGUGACCAUCACCAUCACCACCACUCUGUGGGUACCACACCUGGACAGCAGUGCUCAGUGCACUUGACCAGGUCACUUACCACGCUGCCUCUGAUGAGUCCUUGCCACAGGAACAAUCAGCAGAGGCUGGAAACUUUCCCAGACAAGGACUUGUCAGGUUUUGGCUUCUGGACCAGAGGCUGCUCCUCCACCCACUGGGGCCCAAGCCACCUUGCCAGUGCAGUGGCGAGGGGCUGGGGGCGAGGGGUUCUUCAGGACAGCCUUUACUUCCCAGAUGUAAAGUCGAAUCUCACUCAGCCUCACAAACCUGUCAUCACCUCUUGACCCAGAGGGACCUUCCCAGAGCUUCGUGCUUUUUCUUGGUCCUGUGCUAUGGAAAAGCACCAAGCUUGUAAACACAUUGUAGAAAAAAAGGGUUUGGGGGAUUCCUAUCAUCAAAUUCCCAUGAAGAUUUGUAAGUAAUGAAAAUCAGGAACAGAGCAGCUCUGUUGUGAGGGGUCGUUGGUGUAAAUGAAAUCCACUGGCCCCAAAGGCAGUCUCACUUGAUCACUACCAAGGUCUCAGUGUUGUUGGCAUGCUUGGCACGGUUCAGGCCCUGUGCAGACACAGCACCCCCGGAGUACUCAGCAGCUGUCCUCAGCAGCUGCAGCUGCUCCCAACAGGAGCCUUAGUACACUGACGGGGGUCAGUGGGGUAGGAUGGUGUCAUGCCAAGGCUGAGCCUUCAGACAGGUCACAGCACACUCCAUGGCCCAAGGCUAGGAGCAUUGGGGCCAGCUUCUCAGAUGGACAUUCACAAGCCGCAGCAGUCAGAUUGCCUGCAGCAUGAGGCCUGUUUUCCUGCAGCCCUGGGACCUGCACUUCUCCACCUCUUGCACACACAGUCUCUGCAGGAGACCACACCACUCCAGCUGACAGCAGUGCACGUGGAGAAUCGGUGCAGCAUGUGACACUGCUGUUUUCCCCUUGGGUUUUACAGGUGAGGCUUUGGGACCUCUGUGUUGUCCUCAGUGUACAAAGCAGUCAGCAGCACAGGAGGGUGCCCAGUGGAACCCCAAUGACUUGGUAUUCAGUAGGAAGUCACUGUUUGGGAGUCAGCCUGUGAACUAGGUCCUUCCUUAGCAUGAUUGUGACAUAGGUGACCAGGGGAACAAGUACAAGCCUUGUGCCCCCCUGACCAGCCUUCUUGUUCAUUCAUUUUUUAAAACUUGUGGUUUCAAACACUGGUCAGGGAGGUUUGGUUUAUUCCGGGCUGUGUCCUUACGCUGGGGCCUUCACACAGGCCAAAUGUCAGCCCCUCCCCAUGUACCCAGCCAGCUCCUCAGCAGCGUCUCUUGAGCUCUACCCACAUCUUCGAGAAAGUCUUCCUGAAUAAUUGCAUUAAGUACCCCUUCUGUUCUCUUAACAGUUCUCUGUUCUUGUCAAAAUUUUACCAGGUCAUACUCUGAAUUCCCCCUGGGCAGGUCAGUCAGUCGUAUGAAGCAACAGGGACACUGGUGAGGACUGAGGAGAGAACACCAGCAGGGUCAGUUCCUGCCCUGCCAGAGCAGAGAGUGGGCCCAUGAGAACAAGGCCCCAUGAGGCCAGAGCAUCCAUAUUCAAAGGAAGCCUGAAACUUGGUGUUUUUAAGUGAAGCUGCUUCUACCACUUAAAUGCUGGCCAAUCUUUAUUUCUGGAACAAUGGCCACAGAUGAAAUGCAUCGGUGGCCCCUUGUGCAGCCUGUGGACAAACAUCUUUCCCGCUGGACUCCAAGCUCUAUGGGAACACAGUGUCUCUGUUCACCACAGUGUCAGAAUCAAAUAAAUGAAAGCAGGAUGAUGAUGGCCCCUCCCAUUGAACACCAGAGUCAGAAAGAAUGUUCUGGCAAGGAGGUGACUUCCCAUCAUGCCCUCUCACUGGAAAUCCUCCCCUCCCCCCAGUUUCUUGAGGUCCUUCUCCAGCUACCACUGUGAGCCUCCUUGUCCCCAGCCUCAAGGCAUCACAAUGGCCAAGGCUGCCCUGGCUCAGGCCCUCUGUGACAUCACCAGCGGCCAGCACUAGGUCCCCAGUCUCCCAGUUGCCAGGGCAGACAGACCCACCAUGAGCAGCUUCCUCCACCACCUCUGCUCACCAUGCGGACGCUGAGAUGGUUCCUGUUCUUGCCUCUGUGCCUCUCCUGCGGCUACGCCUUUAUGUUCUCUUCUCUGAGAGACAAAGCCAAAGAACCCCAGGGGAAGGUGCCUUGCGGAGGGCACUUCCGAAUUAGACAGAAUCUACCAGAGCACACCCAAGGCUGGCUUGGGAGCAAAUGGCUCUGGCUUAUUUUUGUUGUUUUGCUGUAUGUAAUACUGAAGUUUCGAGGAGAUAGUGAGAAGAAUAAGGAGCAGACUUCUACUGGCCUCCGAGGCUGCCAGUUUCGCUCUCCACUAAAGAAACAUCAAAAUACUUCCCCCAGCAAAGACUAUGCAUUCCAUACCUUAACCCAACUUGAGAUGGACCUUGUGAAGUUUGUGUCCAAGGUUCGGAAUCUCAAAGUCACCAUGGCAACUGGUGGUAACAUCAAGCUGCAAAGCUCAGAGAUGCCUACAGAUCCACACAAUAAUAUCACAAUAUAUGAGAUAUGGGGAGAAGAAGAGUCUGAAUGAAUGGAUUUGUGUGUCAAAAUAGAGGGAAAAUAAUCAAGUGUUGACAGACAGUAUCCAAACCGAUUAAACUAUUCUGGAGAAAGAA